AUGAGCCUACGGUCUGAAAAGGUAGCUCUCGUUACCGGUGCUAACGGCAUCAGCGGCUUUGCAAUCAUCGAGCACCUGGUUCGACAGCCUAAGGAGGAAUGGUCUAAGAUUAUUGUGACAUCGAGACGGCCACUCCCAAACGCCUGGAUCGACCCGCGUGUCGAGUUCGUUGCCCUUGAUUUCCUCGAUCCUGUGGAGAAGAUCAUUGCGAAGAUGAAGGAUAUCUGUGCCCCGGUUACACAUGCAUUUUUCACUUCCUACGUCCACAAUGACGAUUUCAGAAUCCUCCGGGAGACAAAUGUUCCUCUGUUCCAAAAUUUCCUCGACGCUCUGGACACUGUGUGUCCGAGGUUGCAGCGAGUGUGCCUGCAGACUGGUGGCAAGUAUUACGGAGUGCAUCUCGGUCCUGUCAAAAUACCUCUGGAGGAGGACUUUCCCCGUUACAAUGACCAGGGGUACAAUUUCUACUACAGCCAGGAGGAUUAUCUGCGGACAGUCCAGAAACGACGGCAUACCUGGUCGUAUAACAUUAUCCGUCCAAAUGCCAUCAAUGGGUUUGCACCUCACGCAAAUGGCAUGUCGGAGGCAUUGACUAUUGCGAUCUACAUGCUUAUCUGCCGCGAGCUUAUGGAGCCCCCCAAAUUCCCCGGCAAUGAGUACUUCUGGAACUCUAUCGACGACAACUCUUACGCUCCUAGUCUUGCUGAUCUUUCAGUAUGGGCUGUAAGCCAUGACCACUGCAAAGAUGAGGUCUUCAACCACGCGAAUGGUGACGUCUUUGUGUGGAAGUACCUGUGGCAGGACAUUGCUGAGUACUUUGGUCUUAAGGUCCCUGAGCCUAAGUUCGAAAAGGCCACUGGUCAAGCUAAAACCCUAAGCAAUGAGAUCGACAUGGUGGAAUGGGCGAAAGAUAAGAAGGAGGUUUGGGAGAGAGUUGUCCAGAAGUACGGUGGCAAGCGUGAAGCCUUUGACUGGGGCACAUGGGGGUUCUUCAACUGGGCUACAGGCAAGUCAUGGCUGACGAUCUCAUCAAUCAACAAGGCUAGGAAGUUCGGUUGGCGUCGGGACGAUAAGACACUCGACACUUGGAUCGAAACGUAUCGAUCAUUUGAGAACGCGGGUGUUCUUCCGUCGCAUAGGGCGUUGGCACAAAAUAGUUAA